AUGAAGCCGUCGAAAUUAACACGCCACCUUAACACAAAACAUCCAAAUGAAAAAAAUAAGCCCGUGGAAUUUUUUGAGAGAAAAUUGCAAGCUCUUCAACAUCAAAAAACUGGUAUAGUGCAAAUGUCCAACCUAAAUGAGAAAGCGUUGCUUGCUAGUUAUCGAGUAGCUUUUCGUGUGGCUAAAGCAGGAAAACCUCACACUAUUGCCGAAAAUUUGAUUUUACCAGCUAUAUUAGAUAUAGCAGAUAUUAUGUUUGGGAAACAAGAGAUCGAAAAACUCAAAAGUAAACCUCUCUCUGACAAUACCGUUCAACGCAGGAUAAGCGAUAUGGCUACUGACGUUCGUGAUCAAGUCAUAGAAAAAAUAAAGGAAAGCACUUUUGUAUCUUUGCAAUUUGAUGAAUCCACGGAUAUUGCAGGAUGUGCGCAGUUUGUAGCUUUUGUGCGUUUUGAAUCCUGUGAUAAAUUAAUGGAAGAAAUACUAUUUUGCAGAGCGCUUCCCACAAAUACUACAGGUCAGUGUUUGCAUAACAUGUUCGUUGAAGCUACGCAAGAUAUGAAUAUCGAUUGGGCAAAUAAAUGCAUUGCUAUUUGCAGCGACGGAGCAAAAGCGAUGACUGGUGCGAAGAGUGGAUUUAUUGCUAGGCUGAAAGAACAGAUGCCAAACGCUUGUUGGGUGCAUUGCUUUCUCCAUCGCCAAGCUCUUGCGGUCAAAGUCUUGCCACAGGAAUACAGCCAAGUUCUAAAUAUUAUUAUAAAGAUUGUAAAUUCUAUUAAAGGAAAAGCGUUGCAGUCACGAUUGUUUCGGAUUAUUUUUGAAGAUAUGGGGGCACUCCACCAAAAUUUACUCUACCAUACAGAGGUUAGGUGGUUGUCAAAAGGUAAAGUACUGGCAAGAGUUAUGGAACUUCGUGCUGAACUUUUAAUAUAUUUACAGCAGGCCAAGUCAGAAUACUCUGAAUUCAUUUGCGGCCCGGAAUUUCUUUUGAAAUUAGCUUUUCUUUCUGACUUAUUUGAGCAUUUAAAUAUCUUGAAUAAAAGUCUUCAAGGGCGAAAUGAAAACGUCAUCACUGCAAAAGACAAAAUACAUGGCUUUAUAAAAAAAAAUGACUUGUGGUCGUCGUCCAUAAAUCAAAAUAACUUCGAUUCAUUUUCGUCGACACAAUCUUUUACUGAAGAAGUCGGAUGUGAGAUAAACAUCAAGACAUAUGUACCUGGUAUGAAAGAGUUGUUAGAUAAUUUGAAAGAAGAAUUGUGUCAUUACUUCUCAGUGCAAGAGAUAUCAGAGAACACUGGGCAGAGGUGGAUCUUAAAUCCGUUUUUAAAUGCAGCUAUAAAUGAGGCUAAUUUACCAAAUAAGCUCAAAGAGAAACUGCUAGAAUUAUCUGCCGAUGGGAUGUUACACUUGGAAUUCAAGUCUUCUAAUUUGGAUACCUUUUGGUUAAGGAGAAAAACAGAAUACCCGGAAUUGACAACUGAGGCUUUGAAGUGUUUGAUUCCAUUUGCCACCUCGUACUUAUGCGAGUUGACAUUUUCAUCGAUGGCCCAGAUAAAGACAUUUCUCGUCUUCAAAUUGAGGAACAACUGCAGCAAACUAAAUUCUCCGAAACCACCAGCGGCACUUUCGGAUAAUUUCUCUCUUGGGGAGGAGUUAAGGACGGCACACCUAUCCAGCUCAGCUUCGUCAGCACUACGAACCAGCAACGCCAGGCCAAUAUCUAGGUCCAACGUCAAAUACGAAGAUGAAACGUAG